GCUGCAGCUGCGUUUUACUCGCAAUUCAAAGUCAAGUGUAGUUUUUUUUAUAGGAGUCAAAUCUCCACAAACCAACUCCUGCAGCCGAGGAACAGCUCAGUUUAUCGGAUAUAAAGUGUCCAUCGGAACCGUGUGUGUGGAGCUCUCAGUGUGUUUGUGCCAUGUUGUUCUGACGGAUUACACCUGCAGCUGCCGUCCUCCCUGAAGCAGGAUGAACGGGUAUGAAGCUCCGUCUCUCGCCUCGGGCAUCUUCAGCUCCUACGACGACCAGAAUGGUCUGGACUCUCCUGAACCUCCCAAACAUAAAGCCAAGUCUGGUGCCAAAGCUCUGUACGAACAAAGAAAACAUUACACCAAAAACAGCAUCAACAGCCUGACGGACACAUCGCAGUACCAUGUGGAGCAUCUGACGACGUUCGUGUUGGACCGUAAAGACGGGAUGAUCACCGUGGACGACGGGAUCCGCCGGCUCCGCCUGCUGGACGCUAAAGGGAAGGUGUGGACUCAGGAGAUGCUGCUGCAGGUGGAGGAGAAGACGGUCAGCCUCAUCGACCAGGAGAUGAAGAACGAGUUGGAGAACUUCCCGGUGGGGACGAUCCAGCACUGCCAGGCGGUGAUGAACGCCUGCAGCUACGACUCCAUCCUGGCUCUGGUGUGUAAAGACUCGGGUCAGACCAAAGCCGACCUCCACCUGUUCCAGUGUGAUGACAUCAAGGCGAAUCUGAUCCAGGCGGACAUCGACAGCGCCAUCAUCGAUGCCAAAGGCGGGAAAGUGAAGAAGAGGCCGGAGGCGCUGAAGAUGAUCCUGAAGAGUGACGGCGCCAUCCCUCCGCCCCCGGCUGCUCCCGCCCCCGAACCGCCGGCGACGGCCAAUCAGGUGGACGUAAAGAGCCGAGCGGCCGCCUGGUCGGCCUGGACCAAUGAGCAGCAAGACUACGAGAAGCAGAGACAGCUGCUGGACGAGGACGGAGCGCUGGAGAUGACGGCCGGCCGAGUGGACCGAGACGUGCAAAUCCUGAAUCACAUCCUGGACGACGUCGAGUUCUUCGUCACCAAACUGCAGAAAGCUGCCGAAGCUUUCAACGAGCUCAGCAAGAGGAAGAAGACCAAGAAAGGGAAGAAGAAAGGUCCAGGAGAGGGCGUCCUCACUCUGCGCUCCAAACCGCCCGGCGAGGACGAGUUCGUCGACUGUCUGCAGAAGUUCAAACAUGCCUUCAAUCAGCUGGGGAAACUGAAGGAUCACAUCCAGAACCCGAGCGCUGUGGAGUUGGUCCACUUCCUGUUCAACCCUCUCAGGAUGGUGAUCCAGACCGGCGGUGUGGAUCUGGCCCGCAGCGUUGUUGUUCCUCUGCUGACCAGAGAAGCCAUCGACUUCCUUCACGUGUCGGGGAACGCGGAGGAGAGACACCUGUGGGUGACGCUGGGAGAAGGUUGGACCAAAUGCAGGUUGGAGUGGCCAAAGGAUCAUUACUUCCCCCCCUGUGUGCUGAGGUUUCGGGACGGCUGGGAGCCUCCAGCGUUGCCGCCGGCGACCCAAGAGCCGGACCUGAGUCAGCUGGCCGAGAGCCUCGCCAACGCCCAGAGACAAGAGGAGCUGAGGAUGCGAUUGGAUCAGGAGUCGGGGCUGCAGAAGUUCUCUCCUACAGACGGGUACGCCUUCAGCUCCGCCUACAAACGCAUGCAGAUCCUGGACCAGGACUCGGCCAUGGCCGCCUUCAAACAGGCCAUCAGCCGCCGAGUGGACCGAAGCUUUGACGGUGACAGCAGAGGCCAAUCAAAACUGUUUGCCAAAUCUAAAUACGACUUUGUGGCGAGAAACAACACGGAGCUGUCGGUGCUCAAAGACGAAGUCGUCGAGGUGAUCGAUGACAGGAAGCAGUGGUGGAAGGUUCGUAACGGCGGCGGGAUGAUCGGCUACGUACCGAACAACAUCCUGGAAGUCACGAAAGCCGUGGACAUAACGGGCCGAGGAGAACCGAUCUACAGCCACACAAUACAGAAACAGACAACGAGGACGGAUUUCAUCCCCAGUAACCCAGCAGCGACCCCGAUGCCUCCUACGCCUCCUCCGGCUCCCGCCAGGCUCCCGACGCCGCCGCUGCCUCCUCCGGCCGCCGAGCCCCCCCGACCGAUGGCCAGCAGCAGCUCGGUGAGCCGGCAGAACAGCUCCACGUCCAGCGAUAACGGGAGCGUUGCUAUGAGAGACCAUAGCAACCAGAGACCCGCCGCCUUCAACCGCAGGAAGUCCAACAUGGAGGAUGUUCAGGACGAGCUGAUGCACAGACUGACGCUCGGUCGCAGCGCUCAGAAGAAGUUUCCCGCUUCUUCUCGCAGCAGCAACAACCUGCAGUCUGUUAACAUCUCAUACGACUCGACCGCUGAUGAUGUUAAAGCCUGGUUAGAGGCCAAAGGCUUCAGCCCUGUCACCAUCACCAGCCUGGGCGUGCUGACCGGCGCUCAGCUCUUCUCUCUGAACAAAGAGGAGCUGAAGACGGUUUGUCCCGACGACGGCGCUCGAGUCUUCAGCCAGGUCACCGUGCAGAAGGCGGCGCUGGAGAAGAGUUCAGGCUCUGAGCUCCAGCAGAUCAUGAGGAGGCGGCAGGAGAAACUAGCAGCCAGCACCUGCGAUUCAGGGGUGGAGUCUUUUGAUGAAGGCAGCACCCACUGAGCUCCUCCUCCUUUCCUUCCUUUUUCCUCCUUUUACUUUAUUUUUUAUUUCUUUUCUUGCUGUCUUUCUCGCACUCUUUGACCCUCAGGCGGCGGCCGACCACGCAGAGUUCGUGGAGAUAAUGCGGCGCCGGCAGGAAAUCCUCAGCUCGUCUCCAUAGCAACGCCCUCACCAGAUAUUCUGCCACGUUUGCCUGAAUGAAGCUCAUGUGAACACUUCUCUGGGAUUCUCUGGGUGAUAUUGUCUUUUUUUGAACAGCUGCUCAAGUAGCUCGUUUCCCAAAGCAAAAAAAACCUCUCAGUAUUAAAUGUAGGAGAACGGCUGCUAAUGUUUGUUAGCUUCAGUUUGUGCUUCAGAUGACUUAUUACAUUUGAGUCGCAGCGCUCAGCAGUUGUUUGAUUAAAGAUCUCCAAAAAACGAGAAAGUUUCAAGGUAUUUCAGGAAUCCUCAAAGACUUUGAGCCAUGGGGACAUAAAAAGAAUCAGUUGAAUAAAUGAUGGAAAGAUUUGAACCUUUUUCCCAAAGUUGUAAACAAUCAAAAGUGACAAAUCUCAUGUGAAAAACAAACUUUAAAUGUAUCUGUAUUAAUUUAAUUAUCCUGAGAAAACAUCAGUCUUAACUACUCAUCUCUUCAUCUUAAGAUAAUGGAAUAAAAAGAAAAUACUUAUCUAGUAUCUUAUUAAAUUAAUGAGCAUGUAAGAUGUACCUGAUAAUAAAACUUUUGGCUCGUUGCAAGUUGGGAAAUAGAUUAGAAAUCAUUUUAGUCGUACAGCAGAAACGAUGUGUUUAAUGCUGCGUUAACUUUGACCUUGUUGGAGCUGGGAUGACAUCACAAACCAGUUUAAGAAGUCAAAAAAACCUGUUAAAGCCACGUUAGAAACUGACAGUAACAUCAUAGCAUCAUGUUUGCAGAUAGAAGUAGGACUCAUAGCAUCAUGUUUGCAGAUAGAAGUAGGACAGUGUUUAGUAUAGGAAUCAUUUAAUGCUAAUAAACACUGUUUUACAACUUAAACACUAUCGUAGUGCAGGAUGAGGCUCGUUCCAGUUGAAAUUUGUAGCUUGAAACUUGGAAGUUCAGAUUUCCAAGUUCAACUGGAACGCACCGAAAAAGCCCAGAAAGAUAUUUCCUGUGUCCAAGAUGCAAACUUUCUUCUGGAUGUUUUUUAUAAGCACAACACAAUACGUCUUAUUCCAAGAAAAUGGUCACAGUUAAUUAUCUGCUAUCUAAUAUGUGCAGAAUAGUGUUUAUAUCAGGUUAUAUUUCAUACACAAGUUUCUACAGUCGAGUCUUUGUGGAUUCUUUAAAUAUCUUCUGAGUUUUUUAAAGGUUUGAUUCUGAAGUUUAACUCUGUGACUUGAAUGUGAUGCAAAUAUCUGCAGCUGGUAAAUAAACUGAUGAGUUAUUGAGAAAACAAAAGAAAUGAAAAGCAUAGUGAAUGUUGGCCUGAAUAGAUUUAGCACAUAGAGACUGAUUAAUAUAAAUGUACAUGUCAAGAUGUUUGGAGGAUAAAGAGAAAUCUGAUAUUCUCCGUAUAUAUAUAUAUAUAUAUUAUUUCCUUUUUUUUUUCAAUGAUUAUUCCAGAAGUUGAAAUAAUAAAUAUAUAAAAUAAUAAAAAUGAAUCAUGUGAAAAAGCAAAGGGAAAAUUAUCUCCUUGAAAUGAAGAAGAACUUUAUUAUAAUGUUUAAUUUAUGAGCCAGCAGUGAUUUAGAGUUAGAGGCAUAAUCAUUAAGAAACAGACGAUUGAUUGAUUGAUUGAUUGAUGAUCAGCAUUUUUUGCACAAUAAGGAGAAAAAUCAGUUUAGUGUUUAAAUCAUUUUUCUGUUCAGAUGUUAAAAAUCUUCUUCUGUCAGUCACUUUUCUCCACCGGAUAGAUUAAAGUUACAGUUCGAUGUUAAAUUACAGACUGACUCUAAUAAUUCGUAGCACUUUUAAAGUUUUGUGGAUGAACCCUUAAACUUUCUGCACGUUAACCUGUCAGUGAGCUGUUUAAAGUGAUUCUCUACACAGAGAAUGAGAAGCUAAACUCCUCUGCUGCUCUCUUUCUAUUUGCUCUGCACUGAGCUGUUUAUUCAUGGUGAGUUUACUCUGUCCAUCAGUCAAGAAAUCAUCAAAAAUCUAAUUUAACCCUCCUGUCGUCUUCCCGGGUCAAAUUGACCCCAUCUCUUUUGACUGUUCCCUCCCUCCUUCCCUCCCUCCCUCCCUCCCUCCCUCCCUCCUUCCUUCCAUCUUUCCUUCCUUCCUUCCUCCUGUCCCUCCUUCCACCUUUCCUUCCUCGACCUGAGGAAAACAGGAGGGUUAAGUUGUCAGGAACAUUUCCACAAAUGUGCUUUCAGUCUGUCUGAUUGCUGUGAAUUGGUUAAUAGUAGCACAAUAAAACCUGAUGUUAGAAACACACCUAAUAAGAAUAAGCUAGAAUAACUAUAACAACAGGGCGGCUUCCUAUUGGUCAACUGCUCAAAUCCAUAGUUCAAAAUAAAUCAGCAGAAAUCAAGUUUAGAUUGAAAAGGAACUUUUCCACAUAUGUACUUUAACUCCCAGCAGGUGAAUUUGAUGCAUAAUGUCACAACUUCAAAUGCUGGUGACAGAAAGAGGAAGACAUAAAAAGCUUUUCUAACAGCAGAGCUUCUUAAAGGUGACUACUGUUGGAGGUCUGUCUUCCUUUUCUCAGCCCAUACUUACAGUAUAUUAAGAAGACAGGGUAGCCUUUUUCGGUGUCCGUGCUUCGGUUGACGUGCACAGGUGGACGUGCUUGUCUUUACCCUAGAACGGCUGCGCUUGAAAGCUGCGCUUCAAGUCAUGCCACCCUCUAUGUACCAUGACUAGUAAUUUAUUCCAGCUGUUCUGUAUAAGGACUGAUUACACCCACAGCACGCCCACACACAAGAAAGGACUUACCAAUUACGGGGAGUGUACUUCCAAAUAGCAAUACUGGGUCCAGAGUCAAACCAGCAGUCCUAACUUACACUAUGUACUGUAAACACUUGCAUACAUACAGACGGGCCCAGUAAACUCUCUACUCACUGUCAUAUUGAUUGUAUUGACUAUGUUUUACACUUCUGCACUUAUUAUGUUUCUGGAGAUAUUUCCUUAGUCGACUGUAAUGAUUGUGAAAAGUGGACAAAAUAAAAAGUAUGAAACUGUAGCACAACACUAAUAUUAUAAUAACACUGUAACAACACUAAUGAUUAAUGCUGAGUAGUUUAACAGCUGGUGGAUGAUCGCUGUUGUUAAUGACAACAGAUUAAGUCUGUUUUUAGUUUCUAGAAGCCAAUCAGAUGAAGAAAUGUUAGUGACAAUUUGACAGAAAUAAAAAAAGCAUUUGUAUGUGUAUAGUUUUCAUGGUGCCUUUUCCAUAUAAAUCUGCUCAUUCUGCAAUAAAACAUUUACA